AUGGCGCGCAAAACACGAGCGCUUGUGAAUAUGCAGUGCCGACAGAUGUACGAGGCCUACACCGACAUGUGGAUGGCAUAUAACAUGGCCUUCAUCUACACGAUGGCGAGUCUGAUCACAGACGAUGUGGCAACAAGCUUGGCACGCCGAGACGUGACAAACCUCUUCAGCCCCCAAGACUGCAUCAACUUUCUUCGCUUCACGCAACCGCAGGUAGGUGCCCCCCAGUUGUCUCGUGUCCAUCUCCUAGCAAGCACCUUGCUAGCUUUGCUGUAG